GCGGGCGGGCGGCGGGGCCGCUGCCAGGAGCUCCGCCUGGGGCCCUGGGCUUCCCGAGACUCAUCCGGGCCCCUCUCCCCCAAGCAGACCCCGCCUGUGGGCCGGAGACAUCGACCAUGGUCUCCAAGUCUGACCAAUUGCUCAUCGUUGUGUCCAUACUAGAAGGUCGUCAUUUCCCUAAACGUCCAAAGCAUAUGCUUGUCGUAGAAGCAAAGUUUGAUGGAGAGCAGUUGGCUACUGAUCCUGUGGACCAUACUGACCAGCCAGAAUUUGCUACUGAGUUGGCUUGGGAAAUUGACAGGAAAGCACUUCAUCAGCACAGGUUACAGCGUACUCCUAUCAAACUCCAGUGUUUUGCCUUGGAUCCUUUAUCUUCAGCCAAGGAAACCAUAGGUUACAUUGUUCUGGACUUAAGAACUGCUCAAGAAACAAAGCAGGCACCCAAAUGGUACCAGUUACUGAGUAAUAAAUACACCAAGUUCAAGUCUGAAAUACAGAUAAGCAUUGCUUUGGAAACAGAUACAAAGGCACCAGCGGAUAGUUUUAAAGCAAAGGGAGCACCCCCUCGAGAUGGAAAAGUACCUGCCAGCCUGUCUGGACUUGACCCCAAGGACAUUGUGGCAGUGCUGAAUGAGGAGGAAGGCUACCAUCAGAUUGGACCAGCAGAGUAUUGUACUGACUCAUUCAUUAUGUCAGUGACCAUAGCAUUUGCCACCCAGCUGGAGCAGUUAAUUCCAUGUACCAUGAAACUUCCAGAAAGACAACCUGAGUUUUUCUUCUACUAUACUUUACUGGGAAAUGAUGUUACAAAUGAGCCCUUCAAUGAUUUGAUCAACCCAAACUUUGAGCCAGAGAGAGCAUCUGUUCGCAUACGCAGCAGUGUGGAAAUUCUUCGUAUCUACCUGGCUCUUCAGUCUAAACUACAGAUCCAUCUCUGUUGUGGAGACCAGUCACUUGGAAGCACAGAAAUACCACUAAGUGGAUUACUCAAGAAGGGCAGUGCAGAAAUCAACCACCGCCCAGUCACAGUUGAGGGUGCUUUUACCCUUGAUCCCCCAAACCGAGCCAAACAAAAGCUUGCACCUAUUCCUGUGGAGCUGGCCCCAACAGUGGGAGUGUCUGUGGCUCUGCAGAGAGAAGGCAUAGAUGCUCAGUCUUUAAUUGACUUAAAGACCCAGAAUGAAUAUGAGCCAGAACAUUCAAAGAAGAGAGUUUUAACCCCCAUAAAGGAGAAGACACCUACUGUGCCAAAAUCACCAAGUGUAUCCCCUGCACCGCCUCACAACCCGUCACCUCCAACAAAAGAUGAUGCAACAGAAAGUGAAGUGGAAAGCUUACAGUAUGAUAAAGACACAAAACCAAAUCCAAAGGCCAUGAAUUCUGUACCAGCUUUGGCCCAGCCAGUGACUACGUCCAAUGUUUCAGAAGCAACUUCAGGACAGAAGAUUGCUGUUCCAGCAGCAUCACAUCACUUUUGCUUUUCAAUAGACUUAAGGAGUGUCCAUGACUUAGAAGUUAGUUUUCCAGUCAACUGUAUAUUAAGGUACUCAUAUCCAUUCUUUGGAAGUGCAGCUCCCAUUAUGACUAAUCCUCCUGUAGAAGUUCGGAAAAACAUGGAAGUGUUUCUACCCCAAUCUUACUGUGCAUUUGAUUUUGCAACUAUGCCUCAUCAGCUGCAAGAUACCUUCUUAAGGAUUCCACUGCUGGUUGAAUUAUGGCACAAGGAUAAAAUGAGUAAAGAUUUACUUCUGGGAAUUGCAAGAAUCCAGCUUUCUAACAUCUUAUCUUCAGAAAAAACUCGCUUUUUAGGUGCUAAUGGUGAACAGUGUUGGCGUCAAACUUACAGUGACAGUGUGCCUGUUAUAGCAGCACAAGGGUCAAAUAACAGAAUAGUAGAUCUUUCUUACACAGUGACUCUAGAAGAUUAUGGACUAGUAAAAAUGCGUGAGAUUUUUGUCUCUGAGUCAUCUCAGGGUUUAUCUGCUCUACCACAGAAGCCAUCUUCUCUUCCUCCAGCACUUUGUACUUCAGAAAUCCAGACAGAGCCUCGUGAAACCUUAGAAUACAAAGCAGCACUUGAACUAGAAAUGUGGAAAGAAAUGCAAGAAGACAUUUUUGAAAAUCAGCUAAAGCAGAAAGAACUGGCUCAUAUGCAAGCUCUUGCAGAGGAAUGGAAGAAACGAGAUCGAGAGAGAGAAUCACUAGUAAAGAAGAAGGUGGCUGAAUAUACUAUUUUAGAAGGAAAACUUCAAAAAACCCUGAUUGACUUAGAGAAGAGAGAGCAGCAACUUGCCAGUGCAGAUUCAGAGCUUCAAAGAGAAAAAAAGGAACUGCAGUCAGAACGUGAACGGAACUUGCAGGAACUUCAGGACUCUAUCCGUAGGGCCAAAGAAGACUGUGUUCACCAAGUAGAACUGGAAAGAUUGAAGAUCAAGCAGCUAGAAGAGGAUAAACACCGACUUCAGCAGAAGCUUAAUGAAGCUGAAAAUAAGUAUAAGAAUUUGGAAAAAGAGUUCCAACAUUUCAAGGAUCAACAGAGCAACAAACCAGAAAUACGUCUACAGUCUGAAAUAAAUCUUCUCACCUUGGAAAAGCGUGAACAAGAAAGUCAGAUGGCUCGUCUUAAAAAACAGCAAGAAGAAUUAGAGCAGAUGAGACUACGUUACCUGGCUGCUGAGGAAAAAGAUACAGUAAAAACUGAGCAACAAGAAUUGUUGGAUAUAAGAAAUGAAUUGAACAGGUUAAGGCAACAAGACCAAAAACAGUACCAGGAUUCCAGAGAGAUUGCAAGUGGAAAAAUGGAUAGCCCACAUGGCAAAGGAUUGGAAGAAGGUUUGGAUGUUUAUUUGACUCGCCUAAUAGAAGAAAGGGAUACUUUGAUGAGAACGGGUGUGUAUAAUCACGAGGAUCGAAUAAUAAGUGAACUCGACCGACAGAUCAGAGAGGUUUUAGCAAAAAACAAUGCCAGUAAUGAAUAACAUUUGGAAAAUCUUUACAGACACUCCAGGUCUAAAUUUUAAUUGUAUUGUAAGACCCUCAAAAGGGGGGUAAAAUGGAUUUUUACCCAAAAUUUUUCAAUUUUUAUAAGCAAAAUUUUGUAUGUUAUUGUAUAGUAUUUAUUUGAUUUUAUUUACUUUAUCCUACCUCUCCCACACUGGUUUUAUUGUAAUUGCUUUUUAUACACUCAUUUUAAGUGACUCUUCAUUGUUUCUCAUAAUUUACAAUUUGAGGGCUAACUUUCAAAACAGCUUUUCAGUAAAUUUGUUUUAGGAAAAAUGACUGUAGUAAUUUCCAGUUAUAUAAUUUUUCAUGUUGAGCCAAAAAAUUCCGUGUUGCACUUUAACAAUGCUGUGUCCUGUUCCAUUUGAAUGUAGAUAUGUUAAAAGUUGAGACCAGUUGUAAAUGUAACUAGUUUUAUUUAACUCACUUUAGAUGAUCUGUCUUAUUUUUUUCUUUUAACUUGUAACAUUUGCAAGUGACAGGUUUGCAAAUAGAAAGUAGAAUCAAGGUAGAGAAGCCAUAUGAUAUAUUGGAUGACAAUUAGUUAUUUACUUAAAUUAAUACAGGUUAAACUUGUUUCAAGAACUAUUGAAAUUUCAAAUUUCCAGCAUACUCUUAACUUUUAUGAAUAUGAAGUAAUAAGUUAACGUGGUUUUCUCUGCUAUUCUUGUCCUCAAGAUUGCAUUGUAUUCUUUUGUUGGAGUUAGAUUUUUUUCCCCAGCAAUAGUAAUAUUAGCUGCUAAUUCAGACCCUUUCUAAUAUGGAAACAGAUACUAAAGACAUUAGCUGAGAAUAUAGAGUAAAAACCUACUGUUUUUUACUCCCCCUGAUUUUAUUUAAUCAAUCUUUUUCAAAAGUACCUAAGAUGAAGUCAUCGGAUUUACAUAGUGCCAUGUCCAUGUAACUUUAACAGCUCCUUUACAUCAUAUUCUUCAGAGCCAAUAUUUGUCCCCAGAGCAACACUUUCCACCUCCUUCUACAGGGAACCGAAAAGGUUUAUUAAGAGAUUCACAGAUUAGGUGAGUCUUAUAAAAUAUAUGUAGUUUUAAAAUUCUGAUUCCCAAAGAUAAUAAAUUUAAGUAUAUGCUUUAGGAAGUGUAUACUAUUUACCAACAACCUUCAUAAAAGCAGAAUUGCCUAUUUGGUAACAUUAAAUUAAGUCAUUUUCUGUUAUCUUCCAGUAGGUGUAUUUCUUGUUUGUGAAAUUAAAGUUCCUACAUACAUUACAUGCUUUCCUUAUUAACAAAGUAUUAAUGUCUGAAACAGCCGCAUGGUAAAUAACAGAAAAAAAAAAGGAAUCACUGAAUGAGAAGAUAAUGAAUCUGUGAAUCAUAGCAGGAAUUUGAAAUAUUAAUUAUGAUAUUUUCUCUCAUUGAUUUUCUGCCACAUGAAUAGAACAAAAGUAUUCUUUUUGUUUUGGAAGGUCUCUGGUAAAAUAUUGUGACUGUUUGACUAUAUUGUGUGCUGUGUGUGACUGUUUUCAAACACUAGAGGGGGCCUUAGAUUUAAAGAAGCAAAAAGGAUUUUUCAAAAAUGUGUGGUUUGUUUUGUCUUCAGUAACGUGAUCUUUUGGCUUUGUAAUUUAACAAAUAAAAUCAUAAUGGUAUGCAUCUUUGAGUUCUCGAGCAGUCCAUUACUUUUGCUUCCAAACAACAAAAUGCAGGGCAAAGCGCUUAGCACUUUCCAUUUAAGUCACUUUGUCUUUGUAUUUUUGUUUUUUCUCAAGUGCUUACAUUGCAGAUAUUUUUAUAUGUCUUAAAAUUGGGAGUGUGAAAUUUAACACCUUUGUAGUCCUUUAGCAACAGCCAUUACAUUUGUAAGUGACAGUUAACAUAUUUACAUUGAUUGCUUUACUGAGUUGUCAAUGACUGGAGUUACAGACUGUGACCACAAGUAGAAAAAUGAGUGAAUAAACGAAUGAAUGAGUUUCUUAAUUAGUGCAUAUAACAGCAGACCUUUUAUCAUAUAUUUUAAUGUGAAAUAAAAUGUGCCUUUAAGAUUUUUAUGAUUAUGUUUCAUGGAGAAAGUCUACUUCCCAUGUCUAAAGCUGGCACAUAUUGCUUUGGAGGGAUGUAUUGUUUCUACCAGGUAUGUUAGUAAUUUGUAUCUGAACCUGAGUUCCUGUUGCUUUCAGCAGAGGUAGGAGUUUAUGUCUGAUUUAAGGACAUGCAGAGAAUCUAUUAUCAGAAGGAGCCAGUCCCUGGAGAAGGACAUCAUGCUAGGUAAAAUAGAGGGUCAGCAAAAAAGAGGAAGUCCCUCAAUGAGAUGGAUUGACACAGUGGCUGCAAAAACGGGCUCAAACAUAGCAACGAUUGUGAAGAUGUCACAGGACCAGGCAGCAUUUUUUUCUGUUAUAAAUGGGGUCGCUGUGAGUCGAAACCAACUGGACAGCACCUAGCAACAACAACAGAGGCUCUGCACAAAUUCAGGGGGAGAGAGUCUAGUAUGACCAGAUGAUUUUAGUGAAAAUUAAUGGCUACUUUUUGAUCCUGAACACUAAAGGUAAAUUGGAGGAUCUUUGAAAUUUGAGAUUGUAAUACCUUCAUGUUUUCUAAAAUUAAGAUCUUGUUACCCUUUAGAAAAGAGCAAAACAACAAAAUAAAAACAAAGCAAAUAAACACAAAUGACUGUUUAAUUUAGCAGACUGUGGACGUAAAUGGUAGAGGUAAUUUUUUAUAACAGAUGACUGGUUCCCUAAGUUAAGCUUACUAUCUUUCUGUUGGUGUGGCCUUAUUGUUGGUUGGUGGUGGUCUUAACUGGUAAAGUAAUUUGCGUGGAGUAUUGAAUAAAGUCUGAUUGAGUGAUUUUUAAUGUGUUAUGACUUGAACAUUUAAAUCCAUCUUUGAUUUUUGUGUUUUGGCAAUUGUAACAUAGCCCUUGGAGCCCAGACUUUUCAGUGUGCACUUAUUCUCCCACCUGUUCUGUAGCAGAACCGUGAAGCUUUUCUGUCCAGUGGGCCCUCUGCUUCCAUGACUCAGGAGAUAAAGAUGUAAGUCAUCUGUCUUGGUGUAAAUGGGAAAAUACAGAGUCGUUUAGUAACUGAAGUUUUCACUGAAACCAGAAGAACUAGAUCUCUCACUGCUUUUGUUAUAUAACCUCUCUUUGGCAUCAAGUUAGAAUCCACUUUUGUUAGGAAUGUAACUGUAGAAAGGCUGCUAUAUACUUAAAUCUCAUUUUAUUUGCUUCUCUGGGGGUUGUCUUCGUGUUUUCAUUAGAAAUGUUUUUACAGAUGUAGGCUCUUCAGAUAUGAAGUUGCUGAAGUGGAGACUCAGGAGUUUAGCUUUCAGAUUGAAGGGGGGUGAAAAUCUGUUUAGAAAGAUUAAUUUAUAGAUAAAUAAUUAACUGACUCUGGUACGUUAAUGUACAGUAAUCCCUAGAGGCUUUUAAAGAUGUAGUCAUUAUAUUCUUAAGGUUUCUAAAAACGUUAAACCUGUCAUUCAUAAUAGGAGAGAACUAAAAUAGGACCCAUUUAUAAUUUCUUCUUGGAAACAUUUUAUCCACAAAUUCGUAGACAAAUAUUUUUUCUUUUCCAAAUAACUUAUCCAAUAGUUGGACCGCACAACCUUUUCUUGAUUAACGUGUUAGCUAGUCAAAAGCAAGCAGAUACACUGGAUGAAGUGCUGAAUUUUUCCCCCAAUAUUUUAGAUUAAAACUUGGCUACAGCAAGCAAAAUAUUACUGCAAGAUCCUGCUUUGACAUUUUUCUAAAUUUUAUUGAAUGCCAACUGAAUAAAGAGUUUAUGCCUAGUAGAUUUGCAAUAUACUAUUCAGUUCUUCAGCAGAUUCUUAUAUUAGGGAAUAGAUUGAGUAGGAUUAAAAGCAUUAUUAAAGCACUGGUUUCAUUUCUAUGAGUUCUUUCUUUAAUAUGUAAAAAUGAGGAUUUGGUUACUAAAAUUUCCAUCCAUUUUCUUGUGAGAAAUUUUGAAUUUCAAACAAGAUGAUUAUUGCAUUGCUCAUUGCUUGAGUUCAGUUCAGAUUGUGAGCAAAAUGUGAUGUUCUGAAGAUAGUAUGUCAAGGCAAGUAUUUGAGCCAUUAAUAUUCAGCACAUAUCUUUAGUCAUCUUGUUUCUAUUGGAUGAGAUAGUAUAGCAGACUAGUGUAGUCACCUGAUUGUUGCCUGAAGAAGGAAACAGCAAUUCCUGACUUAGCUUCAUUGUUGGCAGAUGAGAUUAAUGAUCUUUUCUUGGGCUGUGGCAGAAGUUUGUUUAGGUAACUAACUGAAAUUUGUCAGAUUUGCACAAAGAAAAUAAAAGCCCCAAAUAGGAAAUGGCUUUGUACAUAGUUUUCAGAAGUAAUUUAGUCCAGAGACUUUUUUUUUUUGGUCAUUAAAAAUUGAAUUUUCCAGCCCACGUUUAACCUACCACUUCUUCCCCUAUUACCAAUUCACACUUUUCUCCCU